UUCAACACCAAGACGAAAGUAAACAUUACAAAUUGUACUCACGUUAUUAGUUGGCUUCAGUGCAGUUCACUUUACGACCGUUAGAGGGACGCCUACAAACAUUUCCAUGGCAACUAUAAGGCUCACCGUGGUAAACAGAAGUGUCCUGCUGUGCAAGACAAAACCGAACAAACUCCACAUCUAUCUGUUACGGAUUUUUGACAAUGGAGAAAAUAUGUCUCGAUAAAUCAGCUCUACGAGCGGUCGAUGACUACUGGGAGUACAAAAGGAUUGUGGGUGAUGAUGAUGGAGGACAACUGUUCACUCCAGAGGAAUAUGACGAGUACAAGAGGAAGUUGCUCCCUCAGCGAGUGAAAAACAGGCUGUAUGUCAGCUUUGGCGUUCCAGGAGGCAUCGAAUGCAAACUCAUUGGUCCUGAGACACGGUGCUUGUGUACACAUAGGUACAAGCAACACAAGACCGACUUUGAGGUGGUCCCCUCCGAGCGGCCCCUAGCCCUACCAUGCCAGGUCAGAGGGUGUCAUUGUUCUGCCUACCAGUAUGUUCCCCAGAUUGGGCCAAAUCCUGUCCGCUGCAGGUGCAAACACUUUCCUCAGGAUCACGGUGAAGCUACUGGCCACUUGUGCAAAAAGUGCAGUUCCUGUUCUGGGUUCAAGAGCCCCUACACUUGUGGGUGUGGUCAGCCCAGCUCUGCCCAUCAGACGCUGGUUCAGACUAAACUAGAGAGGGAGGCACGUGGUCAGCCUGUAGGCAGGGACGUUCCUUAUGCUGCCAUGGGGGGGCUGACGGGGUUCAGCUCCUUAUUGGAUGGUUAUCUCGCUUUGGAAGCCAGCGGCUCAGAUCAAGACAGAGAAAAUGGCUGCCAGCAGAGAUGCUCUGCAUCAAGGAUCACAGUAACGUCUACUAAAGCAUCGAGCUCUGCUCACCGUAAGAGAGAGACCAACAAACAGUGACAAGCAACAUCUGUCAAACCGUCCAUACUGGGCAAUAUUUACCAUGCAAAUAAAUCAUACACUUCUUCUGA